UGUGUAUCACGUGACUUACGAGAUUGGAAGAAUUCAAGAUGUCUGCCAAAAUGAAAGUCAAAAAUUUUCAUAGAUCAUCUAGUUUUUCUAUUAUUAUGCAACUAAUUUCUUUGCGAUUUCUUUAUAAGGAGUAUUAAGCAAGACUUUUGAUAGCGAUCUUCAUAGGAAAUCUCUAAAAUGUCAUUUAAAAGUGAUGAGGAUGCCACAACGAAGGCUGUGAAGGAGUGCAAGAUUGCUCAAAUGAUGAUCGAUUUAAAUGCUAAACAUUUAGAAGGUCUAAGAACGCAAUGUUCCAUGACGCAGAAUGUAACUCAACAGGAGAUACAGCAAGCAGAGACGAAGCUUGUCAAGUUAUUCAGCAACCAAUUGGUGGCAAAGGCUCGGCUGGCCAGAAACAGCAAAACCUCUGAGAGUCAACUAUCCAAGUACCCCAAGACUGAUCAGUGGUUAAAGAUAGUGGGCAUUCCACAGAACUCUAUACUGGGUGUCACAGAAAAAGGGCAUAGUCUAGAAGAGAUGAUUCAGAUGUCUUCAUGGGACAUUAUGGACUUACUAAAGCCAUACAAUGUACAACAAGAUGAAUGUGUAAAACUCACAUCAGCAUUGAAAAAUCUCAGAAAUUGGACAGAUAAGCAACUUAGUCAAGAUAUGAAAAUAAGAGACAAUGACGUUGACCUGCAUUGGACAUCUUAUAAACUGACCAAUAGCAGCCCUUAUAGUGGUACAUCUCCCAAGAUGCAUCGUGAUACACGGCCAUCAACUUCGUCACUUCCCCCUGAUACUUAUUUCAAUGCUCAACAUAACCAAGAUACGAAUCCAACGCCACCACAUUCUACACCUGCUUCACCCACACCCUUUUCUCCCUCAAGGCGGAAAGGAACCCCACCCCCUACACCUCCUCUAGUCCGACCGAAAAAGUUCCCAACCACGCCACCCCCGAAGAAAAAAAUGCAGUUAUUUCCAGAAGCGUAUUCUCCAAAUCCACUGAAGAAAAGCAAGUCACAUGAAUCGCAACUAGGCAAUAGGGUAGUUGAUACUGAUGUUCCAAAGAUGGAUAAGAAGAAACCAACCAAUCUGAAUCUUAGUAGUGACACAUUAUUUCAAAAUCGAAGGCGUUCAGCAGAGGGGGAAAGUGGUAACAGCAGAGGACCAUCUGGCUGUGCCAGUCCCAAUACUUCCUCCCCUAUUCGCUCCCCACCAUAUCAACAGCCUGACCAAUACAGUCUUAAUGAUGAUAUGUAUCAGGGAACAAAAUUGCUUGUUCCAAAAUCACCACGGACACCAGUAGGCAAUCGAUCUAUGUUGCACUCCAUUAGUCACAGAUUUCAACAGAAGCUUGUCAUGGGCACUUGCGAAAUUUGUAAUAAACAUGUGCUCAUAGGAAAAAUAUGUAAAUAUUGCAAGUAUAAAUGCCACAAAGACUGUGCUUCUAAAGCUGCCCCUGCCUGUGGCUUACCACCCGAGUUCAUCGACCAUUUCAUGAACACAUUUCGAGAGUCUCCUGAUCCCCAGCGUAGAGUAGGUUCCGAGUCUGGGUUUCCUAUUAUAACAAAGGCUGUUUCAGUCCCAGCCUUUCAAGAUUCUGGCUCUACCACAUCAUCAUGCAAUUCAUCCACCCCCUCUUCUCCGGUGUUUGCGAUCACAACCUCAACAUCGGCAACAGCAUCAUCCCCAGCACACAUGUCCGCAUCACCAGCAACAAAUAGCGCUCAGAAAUUCAAUUUCCCUGAAUUGGGCAAUCACAUUCUAAUAGAUGCACAUGGUGGGGAAUCUAGAACAGAGACGUUGGUGAACACAAACACUUCUAAUACCUCAAAUGACAGUGACAAAACAUUGGUAGAUAGUAACAAUUCUGAAAAGACUCUGCCGGACAGAGUUGACUCAAUAGAUAGUACUGAGGAGUCACUUAACCAGUCUUGGCACAGACAAAAUAGUAUUUCUGUUGCAUUAAAAGAAUGGGAUAUUCCUUAUGAGGACCUCCAGUUUGAUUCAAUUGUUGGAAAAGGAAGAUUUGGAACUGUAUUUAAGGGCAAUUGGCAUGGGGAUGUGGCUAUAAAAAUGUUUGACAUUGAUACAGACACCAAAAUGGAACAACAAGCUGCAUUCAAAAUGGAGGUCAGUAUGCUGAAGAAAACUAGACAUGAGAAUCUUGUGUUAUUUAUGGGUGCUUGUAUGAAGACUCCCCACCUUGGUAUUGUAACUAGUUAUUGUAAAUUGAGUACAUUGCAUACACACAUCCACCAACGUAGAGAGAGCUUCCCAAUGAACAGGACAGUUAUUAUCUCAUCACAGAUAGCCCAAGGCAUGGGCUAUCUACAUGCUAGAGGUAUCGUGCACAAAGACCUGAAAUCCAAGAAUAUAUUUCUUGAGAGUGGUAAAGUUGUGAUUACUGACUAUGGACUGUUUAACUUCACUAAGCUUUGUCAUGAUGACAGACAUGCUAAUUCACUCCAUAUUCCUCCUGGCUGGUUAUGUUACCUUGCACCAGAGAUUAUGCACUCCCUCAGGCCAGGAAAGUCAAAGGUACCUGAUGAGGUCCCUUUCUCCACACAUUCAGAUGUAUAUGCAUUCGGAACUGUCUGGUACGAGCUACUGACUGGAGAGUGGCCUUUCAGGAGUCUCCCCCCAGAGGCAAUUAUCUGGCAGGUUGGCAAGGGUAUAAAGCAGUCCCUUGCUUCCAUGCAAGCAUCUAGGGAUGUUAAGGAUAUCCUGAUGCUAUGCUGGUCCUUCAAACCAACAGAUAGACAGGACUUUGUGUCCUUACAACGGACUCUUGAACGUUUACCCAAAAAGAGGCUAGCUCGCAGCCCAUCACACCCUGUUCAUCUUUCAAGAAGUGCAGAGUCUGUUUUCUAAAUUUUAUUCUUCGUUGUGUGUUUAUGGUCAAGGUCACAAAAUUUAAUGGGACUCCCUGAAAAUCCACUAAUUUCAGUACCCUAUAAGUGACAUUUUAGUCUUUUUAAACAGAGCCUUAAUAUUGGAUAUAAUUAAUAACUACAGGUAUUUAUAGAUCUAUAAAACCAUGUUUUAGUCAUAUUGUAUUCUUUGGGUAUAUCUUGGUAUAUUUAUUACACAAACCAGUAUUCUGUGUUUCUGUAAUUCUGAAAGAGGCCAAUAAUGUGAUUCUAUACAAGAAUAGCAUAAAAUGCAAUUUACUUAAAUCCAAAUUGAACUUCAUUCAGAAUGUUUCCAAACUUUAUUCAUUUAAUGGGUAUAUUAAAUACAAUAUAGGUUAUGAACACUUAUUAAAAGUGAUACAUGAUCUAAACUCCAUUUAUUGGAGAUGAACAGGCAAACUCUGCAAAGCCCUUCAGCUUUGAGAAAAGUACACUUGCACCAUGCAAACAUUUAUACUUUAUUAAUUUUCCCAAAAUUACGCAGAAUUUG